CAGAGGAGCCAGCCAUGGCCGCCGCGGAAGCCGCGCUGAGCGCCUGCCUGGAGGCGCUGCUGGGCAGCCGGAGCCACGCCAACCGCGUCUUCGAGAUCCUGGAGCUGCUGCAGGCCGAGGAGGAAGAGGUUGUCCUGAGCGCUAUCCGGACUUGCGGUCGGCUCUUUGGGGCUUUUCUAGAGCAGGGAGAACUGUUUGUGGGGCAGCUGCCUCCAGAAGAGGGACCUCUGCCAGAAAGCCACAGCGCAGAAGAGAAGUACAAAAUCUGGAUGCGACAUCGGUACAACAGCUGUGUAAACUGCCUUGUGGAGCUGAUGAGCCAUGAGUCUUUCCAAAUCAAAGAGUGUUCCCUCUGUACCUUGAUGACAUUUGUUGAGUUGGAAGCUAAACACCCCCUGGUCAAAGCCGAGUGGAGCUUCAACUUCCCACAAGAGCUUUUAAAGUUGGUGGUGAAGGGCCUAAUCUCGACAGAGGAGGACUCCUCCCUCCUGAUCUCUCGCUUCCAAGAGUACCUGGAACACGACGACGUCCGGUUCUUCGCCAUGAAGGCGGUGGCUGAAAACAUCGGGAACGUCAUGCAGAAGACCAAAGAGCCACUCCCUGUUUACCAGAAGAACGCCUUCACCUUCGUCUCGUCCAUCUCCAUGCCGGGCAACGAGAGCGAGAUCAAGACCUUCCUGGUGAAGCACGCAAACCGGGAGGAAUGGAAAGUGUCAAAGCUGAAGGAGCACAGACGGGCCUUCGAGAGGAUGUGGCUCGGGUUUCUUAAGCAUAAGCUACCCAGCAGCCUCUACAAGAAGGUCCUGGCGAUCCUAAACGACUCCAUCCUGACUCUGCCUCAUAUGAAUGAACCCACCCUCAUGAUAGACUUCCUGACGGUCGCAUAUGACAUAGGUGGAGCCAUCAGUCUUCUCGCCUUAAAUGGAUUGUUUGUUCUCAUUCUCCAUCAUAAUCUGGAGUAUCCUGAUUUUUAUAAGAAACUCUACAGUCUUCUGGACCCCUCCAUCUUUUACGUGAAGUACCGUGCCAGAUUUUUCCGUUUGCUGGAUCUCUUCUUGUCGUCUUCGCACUUGCCGUCAUACCUGGUAGCGGCCUUUGCCAAGCGCCUGGCGCGCCUCUCCCUCGCUGCCCCACCCGACGCCCUGCUGAUGGUCAUCCCCUUCAUCUGCAACCUGCUGCGGAGGCAUCCGUCUUGCCAAGUGCUCGUCCACAGGCCCGGUGGCCCCGAAGAGAUGCCGGCUGAUCCUUAUGUGAUGGAGGAAGAAGACCCUUCGGAGAGUCGGGCUUUAGAGAGCUCCCUCUGGGAGAUACAGACUCUGCAGAGGCAUUACCACCCGGAAGUAGCCGAAGCUGCUGCUUCAAUCAACACGGCGCUGUCUGAGAUGGAGGACGACUUGAUGGAGCUCAUGGAACUGACUUCUUAUGAGAUCUUUGACAAAGACCUAAAGAAAAAAGCCACCGCUGUCCCUUUGGAAUACCAACGAGUCACGGGUCUGUUCGGCCAGAAGAACGAUGUUUUGGCAGAAUACUUUACCCUGGAAUGAUGCACACGUUCCUCGG